GUCGUGGGUGCAGCUGUUGACCGAUAGCAGCUAUGGGAAACGACGGAUGAAGCUGUUGAAAUACUGCUGGAGAAGCUAACGGCUGCUAGCAACUUGGAAACGACGAUCGAAGCUGCCCAGCUACUGUCGAUACUAAAAGCUUUGCUUUGACAUCAAGGCAUUGUACCUCUUCUACUGCUCCGGGACCCCCCAACCAGUUCUCUUUUCAGAGAGCAUCCUGAGAACUCUAUCCUGAUCGGCCGACAGGAAGGCCUUCUGGAGGUUGGUUUGUCUCCAAGACACCCCCAGCAGGCUGUGCCCCACUUAUCUACAACCACUUUCUGCUGUGGACAUACGUGUUGUAGGCUUGCAAACACCAUGUCUAAUCCCCCAUAUAACCCAUAUGGGAACCAAAGAAGACCGACAGGGGGAGACUUCCAACAGGUCUCUUCUGUACUGGGGACUGCAUCCAGUCUCGGCUCUCCUGCAGGUCCAUCGCAGACUUCUGACAAGACUUUUCCAUUGCCAGUGCCCAACUAUCGUUCAAUGGAAAGAGCCAGUUUUAAUGAAGAUCUGCAGUGGUCCGUUGACACACAUGUUAGCAGAGCCAGAGAAGAGGUGAGGCUUCAAGGUAAAGCAAUACACCAGCCAUCAGCUCAGGACACUCGCAGGCAAGAGUUCAUCUCAGCGAUUGGAAGGACGAGCUCCUACCAAAACCUCAGCAGUAGUUCUGGCAACGAAAGCAGCACCAGUGGCGGCUCCUUAAACUGUUUGUUCAGCUACAGCCAAGCCACAGCUGACAAAGCCUCUGUUCAUUGUCCAUCGUCAACUCUUGCUGGCUACUCUGUGUUCAAUGUAUCCAGUGAGGGUCAACGAGACUUUCACUCUAUUCCAGGUUUAGAUAUUGACAGGCCAAACAUGGCCCAAACUGGGGCCUCUUAUGAGCGCACUAAGCCUAAAUAUACAUUCGAGUCAGCGACCAACAUUCUUUUGCAAUUUGGACUUGAAAAGGACGACUUGGAACAUCUUAUCGCCUACUCAGAAGACCAAAUCACCCCCGCCAAUUUGCCGUUUAUCCUGCGCCAAAUCCGCAUUCAGAAGAACAAAAAGGCCUCGGAUGCAGAUCGGCCCAAAGCAAUCCCUGAACCUGCGCUCACUGGUGGAUCAGGCGGUCUGACCAGUUGGGGUGGUUCAGGAAUGAUUGGGAUGGACCACAGGGAUGCGGCAUCUCUUCUCCAGUCGAGUAAAGUCAUUGACUACGGUCAUACAUGCAAAUACACUUGCAGGAUUGGGGAGGAUGCUGCGAGCGUAGCUAAAAGAGCUGAGGACGACACUUUGUUGAUAAAUUACAAUUUGGAUAGAGGCACUCGCACUCAAGAGCCGGCACAGCAGGUUGGAAAAAGUGCUUGCCAGGACCAGACAAGUGUGGGCUCAUCUUUGAGCUCCAUACUGACUCAAAAAAGUAAUAUUGCAGUGAUAGCAGCACAGACCCAACCAAUGCAGACCCAAAAAUCCAUGUUCACUACUUUCUCUAAAGACACUGGCAUGCGAGAUAAUCCAUCUCUAGCCCCUAAAGCCAGGCCUUUUAUACAGGCGACGGCUGACCUCAAGCCUACCUUAAAACCACAACCGCUAUCCACUCAGUUUCGUGAUGUCCAUCCUAGCAGACCUGUCCUCUCUUCAGAUACUGCCAGUUGCACCAGUGAGCAGCCUAAAAGUCAAGGUUCAGCUGGUGCAAAGGAGGUCAAAAACCUUGAAACCGAGCAGCAACAGCAGAAGAAUUUGGAGAAAGCACAGCCAACAAAAAAAGACAAUAAGCAGCAACCAGUGCUCCAGAAGCAGCAGGUUCUCAAAGACCAGGCCAAGCAGAAAUUCACGCAGCUACCCUUUCUGUUAAGAAAGCAGAUGUGUACGCCAAUUUCCAGCGUCAGCAUGGCCACGCAGCCUGUGUUCCCCGCGGGUCAAAGCGCCGGCAGCAAACCUCAACCCCAGGCUCCCCCAGCGCAGAAUGUGGUCUCAAAAGGCAGACCGGCGACAUCGAUGGUCGAAGACUAUAGUGCGGUAACGCCCAGCGUGUUUCCACACACGUGUGUUCUGUGUUACAAAGAAUGCGCGCUCAUUGAGGAUUGGAUCGCUCACCAAAAUACACACUCUCACCUUGAGAACUGCAAAGUCUUUCGAAAGCGGUUUCCAAAUUGGGAUGGAGAGUUGCUUAGUGUCUCUGAUGAAAAAGGGCAGAAGACGUCCACAUCACAGUCUCACCAUAAGAAAAGCCAGCGUAAGAGUCGCUCAUCUUCCUGUUCUCGCAGUCCUCGGCAUCGUCGCAGUUCGAACAACCAGAGAGACAAGAGGAGUGACUCCCGUUCGCCUUACAACUCCAGAUACAGUCGCAGGUCUCGUUCACGCUCCAGAAGCUAUGAUAGGCACCACUCUCUGCCCAGAAAUCAGGAACGUCCCUCGUCUUCACCGAAGAAGAGCAGCAACAGACUGUCGUCUUCCCAUAGAAGCCGGGAUCGGUACUCAUCGCUUAGAAGCCGCGAGAGGAGGUCGUCGACGCUAACCCAGCGCAAUAAACGAUCGUCAUCCAAUAGAUACCGUGAGAGGCGAUCCCCAUCGCAGAGCCGGCGAAGCAAACGGUCGUCACCUAAAAUAGGUCGUGAGAGGCGAUCUUCAUCACAUAGCCAGCGCAAUAAACGCUCAUCACCCAAAAGAAGCCGCAAGAGGCGAUCCUCAUCGCAGAGCCAGGAAAGCAACAGCUCGUCACCAUCAAGAAGUCGUGAGAGGCAAUCCUCGUCGCCGGGUAAGCGCAAUAAACGCUCAUCACCCUAUAGAAGCCACGAGAGACGUUCUUCCCCCAGAAGGAGCCAUGAAGCUAACGCAGAGAGACUUGCCAAAAAACUUCUGGAAUCAUCAGCUGUCCAGUCUUUGUCAAAGCAAUCCGACAUGGAGGCUGUGGUUAAAACUCUUGCCCCAGCCUUGUUGGCUGAACUGGCCAAAAUGAAGUCACCCCUUUCCAAAGGAGGCACCUCCUCUUCAAAGUCCACUGCAGCCGCAAAGAAAUCUGCUGCCUGCUCCUCAGCAGCAGCCAACAAAAAGGGUGCAAAAGCGACAGCCAGCAAGCAAAAAGAUUCAUCUGCAAAGAAUAAGCUUGUUAAAACCUCUGCUCCAACCUUCGUGACGCUUGAAGGAAUUGUUCCGGAUCUUACUUAUGGUGACAUGGUGGCCACCGCUGAGCGGUACGGGAAAAUCAAAUCACUUGUUCUCUUUCGCGCCAAUUGCCAGGCAGUGGUUUGUUAUGAGAAAAGGGAAGAUGCAGAGAAAUUUCGGGACAUAAAAAACUUUGAACUGAAAGGAUUUCCAAUCACUGUAAUGGGAGAAAAGGGGACUCUCACUAAGAAGAAUCUUCAAAAAAAACCUGACGCCUCAAACAGUGUCUCUACCACUCAGACAUCUAAAUCCGCUAGCACCUCCUCUACAAAACGUGAUGUACUUUCUGCAAAAAGUUUGGUUUCCAAAGCAAAGAAUGUCUCAUGCAAGCAGGUCACCAAGACGGUGAAAGGAGCUCAGAAGAAAGGUCCAGUAAAAAAAAUGUUAACAACUACCUUCACUGUUAAGGCAGCUCAAGGGUCAAAGGUUAUUAGAGAAGCAUCCAAAUGUGAAGCUCUAAAAAGUGUUGCAUCAGGAACUGCCCUUAAAGAAGAGGAGGAGCCAUCCAAAUGUAGAACUGCAGAAAAGCAACACAAUCUUAAGGUUUCGUCUGAGCUGAUUGCCACCAGAGAGCAAAACACACAACCAAAAGUGGUCGAUGCGGGACCAGCAAGCGUGACAGAACCUCAAAGACAACAGCCCACACAACCGGAAGCAGCCAAUGCUGGACCAGCAAGCGUGACAGAACCUCAAAGACACCGGCCCACACAACCGGAAGCAGCCAAUGCUGGACCAGCAAGCGUGACAGAACCUCAAAGACACCAGCCCACACAACCGGAAGCAGACAAUGCUGAACCAGCAAGUGUUACAGAACCUCCAAGAGAUCAGACCACACAACCGAAAGCAGCUAAUGUUGGACUAGCAAGCGUGACCAAACCUCUAAAAGACCAUACCACCACGGCCGAGACCGCAUCACCAGAAACAGCUGAUGUUAGACCAACAAGAGUGAAAGAACCUCCAAAGGAGCUAACUACACAACCAGAAAUGGCCAAUGUUGCACCAGCAAUCAUGACAGAACCUCCAAGAGACCACACCGCCAAGGCCGAGACCACUCCACCAGAAGCAGCUGAUGUUGGAACGGCCAACUUGGAAUGUUCGCCAGAGCAAGCAGUGGCUCCAAAAUCCAAGUUUCCAGAACCAAUGGUAGUGGACACUUUCACAAAGACUGAGCCACAACCUGGCGAAAGUGUGGAAAACCAGCAAAGUACAGAGCCCCUAGUGGAAUCAGCAGUUCUACCGGCGGCCCCCCAAAGAGAUUUACUAAUUUAUCAGCAAGGUGAAGCUGAUGGGGACGCAAAGCUAACACAAGCACGAGACAAAAAACAAGAACAGAAACAACAAGCAACAGCAUCCAAGACUCCACCUAAAGCAGCAGUGGUGCAAGAUGUGAUAUCAUCACACAGCGCUGAGGCUGCAGCCACACUCACCAUUGGAGAGAUGAUGGAACAACAUCUGCUUCAAAAAAGAAUCACAUGCCUCAAAAUGCAAACCUGCUUUUCACCAAGGUUUCUGCGACUCAACAAGAGGCAGUUGUUGAUCACGCACCUGCCCAUAUAUGACGGUUCCUACAGUGAGAAGGACAUCGCCCGGUUGUUGGAACCGUUUGGAUUUAAGUAUUCGGACAAGAAAAUCUACGUUAUUCCUCAAACGUGCAUGGCGUUUGUUCAGAUGGGGAAAGCAAAGGAUGUUUUGGCUGCUUACAUCGCCAGCAGGAACAAAACAUUUGCACUCAAAGGCUGUAGUAAUAAACUGCAACUGCAUGUGUUGGGUUCAAAGGUCUCCAUGCAACCGGGUGGUUUUUACAGAUCGCUGAUGGUUAUAAUGAAUUCUCCAGUGAAUAACUUUAUGUCGAGAACCAUCUUCAUCAAGAACAUCUCUCCAAGUGAGACUAUCAGCCUCCGGGAAGAUUUAAGGAAGAUAGGCUUUGUCAAAAACUUCCUGCCUCUCCUUAACAAGCUAUUUGUUGAGUUUGAGUCUGAUUGUGAUGCUGAUCGCUUCGGAGUGUGGUACUCUUUGCUGAAUCGAUGUCCUGCCUACCAGAUCCACAGGCUGCGGUGUCCUGAAGUACCAAUGCUUCCUGAGAAAGCCAUGCCAGACAGCAGUGUGGCGGUUGCCGGGGCAACUCUUCCUACAUUAGAGUUCAGUCUUCCGGAGGGAAGCCACUCUCCAUUCUUCCUGACCAUACCACAGAAACCCUACCUGUUCCCAACAACUUCUUUCUGGUUUAGUAUACCAGAGUUUCUGACUAUCAAAGAAGAAGCUGACAUUUACAAGGCCGAGCGUCGAGGUGUGGCAGCUCCAACGAUCAUGUUGACAGGUUUUAAUGCAAACUAUAGUUAUGAGUGUGUGGCCAAACUGGUGUGGCCAUAUAUUUCCCAGAAGGACCUUCAGUCUAGGUACUACAACGUGAUCGUGCUGCCAACCCAGAGGAGGAGCUUUGUGCAUUUCAGUGAAUGGAGCGCCUGCUGCCGAUUUCUCAACAGUUACUUAAAAAGGAAAGUGUCGGACCAAACCGAAAAACUCUCUGUGCACUUUGUCCUGUCACCCAUGUGUCCAGAAAGCAGCGAGGAGAGCUUGUACAAAAGUCUGAUGCAGCUGAGCAAUGCUCGUGUUGGACAAGUGGAGACGUUGGCCGAGCGCCUGCUUUGUGUGAAUGUCUCCUGCAUCAGCAAGUCCAUUGUUAGAUAUGUAUUAGAUUUUGUCACAUCUCAUGCAGAUGUUGUCAACUUCUUGCCUCUGGAUAAUCGGAUAUGCAUCGAAAUGGCCGACACUACAGGCGUUAAGUGUGUGGAGGAGAAAUCCAAUGAUAUGUCAACAAAAUUUUAUUUCAGUUGUAGAGUUAAAGGCAUUGAGAGUGUUAAUACCUUGAAAAGACGUCUGAUGACUGCAAAAGUGGAAGAUGGAGCACCGGGAGCCUCAGUAGGUCCUUAUGCUGCUCCCUGCCUUCUAAAAAGAAACAAUGCAGGGGUGGACUUUACUGAAGACCGCAUUCCUCCUUGGGCACUGUUUUGUGAACCUUUCAAAAUGGAUGACUUUGUUACUGUGGAUGAAGUUGGGGAGGAAAAAGCCAAAACGAGUUCUAUUGAGUUCUCCUCCAACCUGACUUCCAAACAAACCAACACCAGAACCUCAAAAGAGUCAAGGAGCUCUGAAUGCCCCUUAUCCUCCACAAGAAGCUUGUACAAAUGCAGCCCAUCUUCUCACUCAAUGUCUCAAAAGUCAAAGAGCUCCUUUAAGGCUGAAGAGUUAAAGGCUGAAUCUCAGAGAUGUUUGCAUGCUUUGUCUUCUACUUGCAAAAAAGGUAGAAUGAUAACUGUCGCAACCAAGGAAAACUUUCAAGUGUUGGACAGCGUGAGCGAUGAAGAGAAACCAUCCUCAGAAGACCGCAGCCUCAAGGAGCUUAAUAUCUCUGGAGAUGGCGCUACUGAGGUCCAAGUAGCUCCAGAGCUGCAUCCCAUCAGCCAGUUUGAAAAUGACACAAAACAAAUUUGCAAGGAAGAGGAGACUUCUCCACAAGUUGACACACCCAGAAAUGUAGAUGAAGUAAACAAAUAUAUUUUCAUGUCUCCUCUAAAAGACGAAGGAGAAGAGCAGAAGACAAACAAGAAAGAUGAUAAAGAGGUGAUCGCAGAAUCCUGUCAAACAAACAAAAACGACAAUGACAAACACCCUCUAGAUACCUCGGGUAGCCUGCUCUGUAAAGAAGACCCUAUGACUUCACUAGAAGAAGAAGAAGAAGCAGCAUACCAGGUGUUUGAUUCUGUGGAAGAGCAGCCAACUUCCACCAAGAAUAAGGCAGACAGUGAGCGUGGGGUGACUUCUUCAAGCAGAGCAUCCAAGAGAGAAGAACAUGAGUCUUCAAAAACGCAUCAGGCUAUAGUAAAGGACCCCACCACCUUUGGGCCUCCUAAAGCUGAGCAGAAGUACCAGGUUGUUGAUAAUAUCCAAGUUCAACAGUCAAGCAGCAGAUUGACACCAGAUAGGAGGAGGAGGAGCACCCGAGGGAAGACCCAGGUUUCAACCAUAAAGGAUGAGGAGACCACUUUCCACAUCUUAGACUCUGUCGACACUGAGACAGUACAAGAAGAACCCGGCAUCACAACCAGAUCCAGCAGAGGAAAAAGAGGAAGGCCGCCAACGAAAGAUGCCCCUAGUGAGAAAAGAAGUCAUGGAGAAAUGACACCAACGAGGAAAAGGACGAGAACUUCACAGGAAACCACCAGAGAAGAAAUACCAACCAAAAAAAUUGAACCUGUCCUCAAAGAAAAACAGAAGAGUCCCCCAGCUACGAGAGGAAGGGGAAGACCUAAGAAAUCAGUCGAAACCACUAAAAGUGAAGAUGACUGCUUAGACGCUGGUGAUGAAGAAGAAGCCACAUUCACGGUCUUGGACUGUGUGGAAGACGAGAUGCUCCAUGAUAAAGGUCCAGCCAAAGAAGAUGGUGGUGAUGAUGAUGAGAAAGAGGGUAUAGAUGAGGCUGUGGGAACAUCACAACAUACGAAGUGCACUCGACCACACCACCAGCCAAGACAUUUGUUUUCUUCCUCUUCAGAAGACAACACAACCUUGUUAACAGUAGAUAAGGUGGGAGAAGUUGAUGACAAAUUAUCCCUGCCCAACUGGAGAGGCACACUGAUUUCUGGUGAGCAUCAUCAGGAUGUCUCCUUUGAAAAGAAGGAACAAGAUGCUUGUGAUGAAGAGGAAGCAGCCACAUUCCAGGUCCGGGAUUCAGUGGAGGAAGAGCCCCUAUGUGAUCACAAUAGUCCUAAGAAGGAUAUGACUGACCACCAACAUGAGGAGGAAGAGUCAAAUAAGAUCAUGGAUUCUUCGAAUGAAGAUCCAUCUGAAAAAAAACCUUUAGACGGUGAUGAUAAGGAGGACAAAGAUAAGGCUGGAGAAACAUCCUGCCAUGCAAAACGCACUCGACAACACCACCAGACAAGACACCUUCUUUCUUCCUCUUUGAAAGACAACACAAACUUGGUGACGUUGGAUAAGGUGGGAGAGGUUGAUGACGAAGAAGCGUCCCCGCCCAAAUUGAGAGGCAGAGACAAAAAAAGUAGACUGACUUCUGGUGAGCAUCAUCAUUAUGCUUCCUUAAAACAGAAGGAAGAAUGCACCGGCGAUGAAGAAGAAGCCACAUUCCAGGUCCUGGAUUCUGUAGAGGAAGAGACGCUCCAUGAUCACAAAAGUCCAAAGGAGGACAUGCUUGACAAUCGACAUGAGAAGGAAGGUGCGUAUCGAGUUGUAGAUUGUAUGAAUGAAGAUCCAUCCAAGAAACAGCCUUUAAAUGGUGAUGAUGAUGAGAAAAAGGCCAAAGAUAAAGCUGGGGAAACAUCACAACAUGCUAAACGCACUCAACAAAAACGCCAGACAAGACCCCCAUUCUCUUCCUCUUCUGAAGAUGAUACAAGCUUGGUAAAAUUGGAUAAGGUGGGAGAGGUUGAUGAAGAAGCAUCCCUGCUCAACAGGAAAGGAAGAGCCAAAACGAGAAGCAGAAUGACUUCUGGUGAGCAUCAUCGUGAUGUGUCCUUAGAAAAGAAAGAACAAAAUGCUGGUGAUGAAGUAGUGGCCACAAUCCAGGUCCUGGAUUCUGUGGAGGAAGAGACGUUCCAUGAUCACAAUAGUCCAAAGUCCACUGACAACCCACUUGAGGAAGAGUCCAACGCUAUGGAUUGUUUGAAUGAAGGUCCUGCUGAAGUAGAACUUUUAGAUGGUGAUGAAAAGGAGAGUCAAUAUGAAGGUGUGGAAACAUCACAAUGUACUAAGCGCACUCGACAGGGACGCCAGGAAAAAAAAAAAAGCUUAGUGACUCAGGACAAGGUGGGAGAGGUUGAACGUGUAGAGCCUGAUGAAGUAGCCAACUGGAGAGGCAGAGCCAAGAAAAGGAGUAGACUGACCUCUGGUGAGCAUCAUCAUGAUGCUUCCUUAGAAAAAGAACAAAAUGCCGACGAUGAAGAAAAGGCCACAUUCCAGGUCCUUGAUUCUGUGGAGGACGAGACGCUUCAUGAUCACAAUAGUCCAAAGAAGGAUAUGACUGACAACCAACUUGAGAAGGAAAUGACAAAUAAUAUGGAUUCUUUGAAUGAAGGUCCAGCUGAAAUAGAGCCUUCAGGUGGUGAUGAAAAGGACAUUCAAGAUGAAGAUGUGGAAACAUCACAAUGUACUAAGCGCACUCGUCGAGGACGCCAGAAAAAAAACACAAGCUUAGUGACUCAGGACAAGGUGGGAGAGAUUGAACAGGCAGAGCCUGAAGAAGUGCCCAAAUGGAAAGGCAGAGCCAAAAAGAGAGGUAGACCGACCUCUGGUGAGCAUCAUCAUGAUGCCUCCUUAGAAAAGAAAGAACAAAAUGCUGUCAACGAAGAAGAGACCACAUUCCAGGUCCUUGAUUCUGUGGAGGACGAGACGCUUCAUGAUCACAAUAGUCCAAAGGAGGAUAUGACUGACAACCAACUUGAGGAGGUAGAGACAAGUAAUAUGGAUUCUUUGAAUGAAGUUCCAGCUGAAGUAGAGCCUUUAGAUGGUAAUGAGAAGGAGAUUCAAGAUGAUGUGGAAACAUCACAACCUACUAAGCACACUCGACAAGGAUGCCAGAAAAGACACACAAGCUUAGUGACAAAGGACAAGGUGGGAGAGGUUGAACAGCUGGAGCCUGAAGAAGUGCCCCCGCAUAACUGGAGAGGUAGAGCCAAAAAAAACAGACAGACUUCUGGUGAGCAUCAUUAUGAUGUCUCUUUAGAAAAGCAGGAACAAGAUGCUGGUAAUGAAGAAGAGACCACAUUCCAGGUCCUUGAUUCUGUAGAGGAAGAGACGGUCCAUGAUCACAAUAAUCCAAAGGAGGAGGACAUAAAUGACAGCCAACAUGAGGAGAAAGGCACAUAUCGAGUUGUAGAUUGUUUUAAUGCAAAAGUGUGUGGUAGCAUUAAGGAAGAACCUAGUGAGGACAUCAUCUCUGUCAGCACAUGUGAAAAAGUCAAACUGGAAACUGACGUGAAAGAGAAAGACAAGCCCAAACUAAUGCACCCUAACAAAGACAGCAGCGUUUGGAAGCUCGACCAAGUGAGCGAGGAAGAGGAUACUUUUUCUGACGACAUGGCCGAGGAGGAGGAGCUGAAGAGGCGAGCAAGGGUGCGAGAGCUGAGCCCAGAUGUAGUAGAGGAGAUGACCGUGGGAACAGAGGAAAGGAAGCCAAGUGAAGGAAGUAAGGAUAUAGAAGAGCUGCUCACUCUGGAUGACAUUUCUGACGGGGAGCUACAAACUCUGGUCACUCUGGAUGAGAUUGUAAUGGAGGAAGAAAAAAAGGUUCAACAAAAGACACACACUCCCCGCCAACAUAGCGAGGAAGAUCAAUCAGAGGACUGUCUGAACAAUCAGACUUUGCUGACUUUAGACGGAGCAGGCGGUGAAGAUGAUGAUGACGACGACAAAAACACAGAGGCCAACACGGCCUUUGUAACGCUGGAUCAGGUGGGACAGGUUGAAGAGGCACAGUCGGAAGACAUGACCCCGCCCAGCUGGAAGAGAUGCAGACAGAGUCCUGAGGAGAGCACAAACAGAGGGAUGGAAGCGGUCUUGAAAGACCAUCCAGCUACCUCCUCGCCAAGCGUCCACCAGGACAAAGAGAGGGAGGAGGACAUUACACAGACUACAAUUGGGAGCAAAUGUGAGGCGGACAUUAUUGCUACAGAAACAAAGCGAGCAUGUUCUCUGUCUCCAUAUGUUUCAACAAACUUUAAACUGCCAGCGUUUAAACCCAACAACCCUCUCGGUACAGAGUUUGUGGUGCCCAAACAUGGUUAUUUCUGUGAACUUUGCUCCAUUUUCUACCUAAAAGAGAGCACAGCCAAAGAAAAGCACUGCAGCAGUGAGAAACACUACAACAACCUGAAGAAAUAUCAGCGUGAGCAGAAAUUGAGCGCAUCAACCCAAGGCUCCAUCUCUGACUGAGUUUCGAAAAAGGCCGCCAUUUUGGCGGCGUGCUCGUUUACUGUGAUUGAAAACUUGUUUGUCUUACCUAAUUUACACAGUAAAGUAUCCCUUUACACUUACUUUAGCCAGAGAUUUGUCAAAUCAUUAAAAAUGUACUCAAACAGAAUAUGUCGUCAUGCUUUCUAGAUGACAAACAGUUUCACUUAAUUUUUACAUUUACAUCUACUAAGAAUGAGCUCCCUUAGAAAAACAAAUGCCAUUCCUUCAUUUGUAUUUUUUCUCACUAUGAAAGUGUUUUUUUGUUUUUUUUGGGCAAAGUUGGUCCUCUACAGCAGUGGUUCCCAACCUUUUUGUAACUGCGGACCGGUCAACGCUUGAUAAUUUUACCACGGACCGGGGGGUUAUGAUUGGCGAGGGGGGAAAUAAUAAUAAACUUGAAUCCUCUGUGUAC